AUGCCACCGAGGUUCGAAGUUUUCUCGGUUUGGCAGGCUAUUUCGAAGAUUACCCUACCCUUGUCCCGUUUGAUAAGGAAGUCGGUGAAGUUUGAGUGGGAUAGUCAUUGUGAGUCAAGCUUCCAGGAGCUCAAAGCUAGGCUUACGACGGCACCCGUGUUGACUAUUCCGGACCCCAGAUUGGGUUUCACUAUCUAUAGUGAUGCCUCGAAACAGGGUCUAGGUUAUGUUUUGAUGCAAGACGUGAAGGAUUAUGACUGUACCAUUAACUAUCAUCCGGGCAAGGCAAACGUAGUUGCCGACGCCCUCAGCCGGAAGGGAAAGGGUGAACUGACCUGUAUGAUCACUCAGCAGCGUCAGUUGAUUCAUGAGUUCGCUCGGAUGCAACUAGAAGUGGUCGAAUCACCUCCUAAGUUGCCAGUUCUGGGAGGUAUUCGAGCGAUGAGAAUGUGGCCCACGUUACGAGAUAGGAUCUGGAGGGAUCAAGCCUUCGACGAGUUCAUUCGCUCGAUGGGGGCAAAGAUUCAUGCCGGAGGAGUUGAGGGCUUUUACCGAGGCACGGAUGGUGCCUUGGAGUACAAGGGAAGGAUCGUUGUGCCGAACGUCGAGGCCCUAAAGAAGAAGAUCUUGACAGAGGCGCAUAGCGCUCCAUACUUGGCACACCCAGGUAGCACCAAGAGGAUUGCGAGACGUCUUCGAGUUUGUAGAGAAGUGACUGAUUUGAAGGGGAUGAAGCGAGACGUCGCCGAGUUUGUAGAGAAGUGCUUGAUUUGCCAGCAGGUGAAAGCCGAGCGCAAGGUUCCACCGGGUCUCUUGCAGCCUUUAGAGAUCCCGCAGUGGAUGUGA